GAGAAAACCAAAAAAAAGGCUUCAAUCUUUGAUCAACAAUGGAGGGCAAAGAAGAGGAUGUUAAGCUUGGAGCCAACAAGUAUUCAGAAAGACAACCCAUUGGAACAUCGGCUCAAACCGAUAAAGACUACAAAGAACCACCACCGGCACCAUGGUUCGAGCCAGGCGAGCUGUCUUCGUGGUCUUUUUACCGAGCCGGAAUCGCUGAGUUCAUAGCCACUUUCUUGUUUUUGUACAUCACAGUCUUGACUGUUAUGGGUGUGGUUAAAUCACCCACUAAAUGUGGAACUGUGGGUAUUCAAGGGAUUGCUUGGGCUUUUGGGGGUAUGAUCUUUGCACUUGUUUACUGCACUGCUGGUAUCUCAGGAGGACACAUUAACCCAGCUGUGACCUUCGGUUUGUUACUGGCUAGAAAACUAUCCUUAACAAGGGCACUGUUCUAUAUGGUUAUGCAGUGCCUUGGAGCCAUUUGUGGUGCAGGUGUGGUCAAGGGGUUUGAGGGCAAGACCCAGUACAAUCUUUUGGGUGGUGGAGCCAAUGUUGUAGCCCAUGGCUACACCAAGGGUUCAGGUCUUGGUGCUGAGAUUGUUGGAACCUUUGUGCUUGUUUACACUGUUUUUUCAGCCACUGAUGCCAAGAGAAGUGCUAGAGACUCUCAUGUUCCUAUUUUGGCCCCUCUCCCAAUCGGGUUCGCCGUGUUCUUGGUUCACUUAGCCACCAUCCCCAUCACCGGAACCGGUAUCAACCCCGCAAGAAGUCUUGGAGCCGCCAUCAUCUUCAACAAGGACCAUGCAUGGGACGACCACUGGAUCUUUUGGGUUGGUCCCUUCAUUGGAGCUGCACUUGCUGCUAUGUACCAUACCAUUGUCAUCAGGGCAAUUCCCUUCAAGAGUAGAUCCUAAAUUUUCAAAGGGGUUUUGUUUAAGUGUGUGUGUGUUUGUGUGUGUAAAUUAUGUCCUAAAAUGGAUGCUAUUUGUAUUUAAGGUUUCCAUGUUUGUGUAUCAACUUAUCUUUCAUAUAAUGAAUGACCCUCGUUUGAGAACUGGUUUCAGAGCA